GCAAGCAUCAAAACAUUACAAAAGUCACCGCAUGUUCCUGAUCCGUGCAUUCAGGAGUCGUCUUGUUUUUGGAAGUGAGUUUGAUCGCGCACAGAGGCUUCGUAUUUUGGAAGCUCUACCUUGGAAACAGUGCGGAUAACCACUACAGACGGGUUUAAUUUCUACUACACCAGCGAGUACGUGCUUUUGUAAAAUCAUGGAUUACUUCGAUGGACAUACAGAACUUUCUGUUGAGGACAUAUUUGAACACAAUGUACGAUCGGAAAUGGACCAGCUGCUGAGCUCCACGGCAGAACGUUUCGUUACCCAAUCUUCUGGAGGGGAAGGUAUUAGUACAUAUACUGUACAGGGUAGCACGAUAACUGAACAACCCCUACCCACAGAUCUAGCCAAUUUGAACUGGCUUCACGGGGUGGACAUGACAGAUUUUUCGCAUAUAAGUGCAGAAACAUUUCAGAACCACAAUUUACUUGUAGACCCACAAACUGCAGUGCCCAUCAGGGACAUGCAACAGCUCGCUAAUCAAGUUCAGCAACAAGUCCAGAGUGGAGUGAUGGAACUUCCAGAGGUAUCCAUCAGUAACAUGCAAGACCAAUUGCCUGCAUAUACGAUAACCCAAACGAUACCAGCGGCACAAAAUUUGCAACAGGAACAUCUUCAACCGACGAUGCAGUAUCGAACGACACCAUCGCAACAGCAAAAUAUGCUGUUCACCAACGUUUCGACGUCGAAGUUGGCUCCGACGAUUGUAUCUGUGACAAGCACGGCAACGACGAGCCAGCUUGCACAACAACAGCCACGGCAUCAACAGACGUUAAAUGUUGGUAAAAAUGACAAGAAAACAGCGGACAAUAAUCUAAAUGCGGAAACUAAAGUGUAUCCAAAACCAGCGUAUUCGUAUAGUUGUUUAAUUGCGAUGGCACUGAAAAACAGCAAAACGGGUUGUUUGCCGGUCAGCGAGAUCUAUCAUUUUAUGUGUGAAAACUUCCCAUAUUUCAAGACGGCUCCAGAUGGGUGGAAGAACUCUGUGAGGCACAAUCUGUCACUCAACAAAUGCUUUGAGAAGAUCGAGAAGCCACCAGGUGGUGGCAGCACCAGAAAAGGAUGUUUGUGGGCGCUUAAUCCCAAUAAAGCUGCCAAAAUGGAUGAUGAGAUUCAGAAGUGGAGAAAGAAGGAUCCUAUUGCAAUUAGGCGGAGUUCAGCAAAACCUGAAGAACUGGAUCAGCUUGAGCGAGGUCGUGUACCAUCACCGUCACCACCGCCACCACCCCAGCCAGUCCAAGCAGUUGACAUCAAACCGAUGGAAGAUCAUUACACAGCAAAGGCAGUCAGUGAUGUAUUAUUCACUGGGGAAGCCCAGCUACUUGACGUUAAUCUUGAUCCACAUCUUGCAGACAUUUCACUGCAGAAUGGAUUAUGGGACGACUUCAGAUUAGACGAUUCGUUUAGUCUUGAUUUACCAACCACAAACAGCAAUUUAAGUUUCAGUACCAGCCCGUUGCAUGAUGCGUCCUCAGGUCAAGAGAAGCCGAACUAUUCGUCCCUUGAUGCGACUUCCCAGUAUGCACAGUUUACAAGUCCAGGACCCAAAGCAGUGUCGGCGUUCAUGUAAUCGUAACUCGUUCAUGACGAUGAUGUACCCCUUCCCUCACCUUGCAGUGACUUUAAUGAAGUACAGUAUAUUUGCAAUGUAAAUCAGCCAAAGAUAUCGCUUUGUUGUAAGUUACGUAAAUAUUUUGGUGCUGUAUUUUGAUGACUUUUUUCAUAUACAUGAUAUGAUGUAAGUUAAUCAGCCUACUUUGCAGGCUGCUCAUCCCUAACAUCCAUAAUAGUUUGAUUUAUGUUCAUCACAGACUGUGGGUGAAACCAUUAUUAUCUCCUUUUGAAGGGGAGUAAGAUGGCAUGUUGCAGGUGUGUUAAAGCAUUCACCUUUUUUCAGGAUCUCCAAAAGGUAUCCUGAACAAAGAGAAUAGAAGAUAGUCUAAAGGAAUUUAGUGUUAGAUUUGUGUAGAAAAAGCUGUAAGCUUUUAAAAAAAUGAGACAGAGUCCUUUUUGUACAGUUGUGUAAAAUGUAUAAGCUGAAAGCAUGUUCAUAGUUUUUUAACCAAAGCACUAUUUUUUUUAAAAUGUCUUGGUUUACUUUCAAUAUAUUACAGUCUGUCCUUUUUGAUUUUUUAAAACACUGAAAUACACUUUUUUUAAAAAAAAACAUAUUUUCUAUAGAGUUUGUCAUUUUUUUAUUUUUCAGUGCAAUUUAUUAAUGUACAAAGUUUUAUUUUUAUCUUUUUUUUCGAAAUCAUUUCUUAUUAUACGUUAGUGAAUAGAUGAGAAGCUUCAGUUUAAAGGUGCAUGUUUCUGUCUUUUCUGAUCUGGGGUGAAAUCACAUCUGCUGUACUAUCAUCAAUUUAGAAAUUUACUCCUGAAAAUGACAUGACAUUUGCACAGAUUGCAAUAAUCAUGGACUUAAUUUUCUUCAAUCAGUUCUUGUCUUCUUUUAAAAUUCAAACUUCUCAAUGGUGGCAACAAAAAUCUUUUAUUUGGCAAUAUCUAAUAUCAUGGUGAUUGAAAACAAGUGUGCUAUGCAAAAUUCAGACGCGUAUUUUCCCUGCGUAGCGCCCUCUCAAGUCACUUUAGUUAAAUUGACUGUGGGGGCGCUCUGCAGAACUUUUGUGAAUAUGUUGUAUUUAAAGCAAUAAUUAAAACAAUCACUGUACAUACAAAAGAUAAGAAUGAUUUUUAAUAUUUUCUGGGAAUUUGAAAUAUAUAUAAUGAUACUGUACAUAAGCAGACCCCCCCCCCCCCCCCACAUAUUUUUAAAAAGCAUUUUACUUCCCAGCUUGUACCCAUGUAUACAUUUCUGGUUUUAACAGAAAUGCGACAAUGAGCUUUUAUCCAAUAAAAACAUUUUAAAAUUA